AUGAAACAUCAUAUUUUAUAUUUUUGUUUGUUGACUUCAGUUAUCUUCUUUCACAUAAUUAUAAAAGCAGAAAAAGUCUUCAACCCUCUUGACCAAAAAAUAUAUGUUCGAGGUGUUCAAUGUAAUUUUUCUGAGCGCUUUGUAUAUCCCAAUUACACUUGCUACGCAAAGUCAUACAACCGUUCCUUUUCUACAAUCAACGUUCGAGCUUUUAUGAAGAAACCUGUUAACAAAAUAUUUUUUUCUAUGAAACUUUACUACAAAUAUGUAACAGUUUAUCGCGAAGUGAUGCAAUUUCCUAGAUUUGAAUUUUGUAGUUUGAUGGAUUUUGGAACAUCAAAUAAGUUGAGUCUUGAAAUAAAGGAUCAACCAAUCGUGUCUGAAACAAUCCCUUCAUUGAUUCCAUCGGGUGAUUACAAAAUGACUUUUUCCUGGUAUACGGAGAAGGGAGUUUGGUUCCAACAUACAACGGACUAUCUCACUGUUGACUCACCUUUGAAAGAAUCUUUUGGCAAAUGA